AUGUCAGAGAAAGGGAAAUGGAAAAGACCGGCAAUUGGAAUCGAUCUGGGUACAACAAAUUCAUGUGUUGGAGUAUGGAAGCACAACCGUGUUGAAAUCGUAGUCAACGAUCAGGGUAACAGAACAACACCCUCCUACGUUUCAUUCACGGAAACAGAGCGGUUGAUAGGUGAUGGAGCUAAGAAUGAGGAAUCUAUUAACUCCAUCAACACUGUUUUUGGUAAUUUUCAAAUCAUUUUUUAUGGUGGUAGGAGGUUUAGUGAUGAAUCUGUGCAAAGUGACACAAAAUGUUGGCCAUUCAAGGUGAUUUCCGGGUUAAAAGAUAAACCAAUGAUCGUUAUCAACUACAAAGGCGAGGAGAAGAAGUUCUGUGCAGAGGAAAUUUCUUCUAUGGUUUUAAUGAAGAUGAAGGAGAUUGCUGAGGCCUUUUUGGGAUUACCCGUUAAAAACGCUGUCAUUACAGUCCCGGCUUACUUCAAUGACUCACAAAGGCAAGCUACCAAAGACGCUGGCGUAAUUUCAGGUCUGAACGUGAUGCAUAUCAUUAUUGAGCCAACUGCAGCUGCCAUUGCUUAUAAGAACGUACUCAUUUUCGACCUUGGAGGAGGAACCUUAGAUGUCUCUGUCUUGAACAUUAAUGGGCCUGUCUAUAAAGUGAAGGCCACCUCUGGUGAUACCCAUUUGGGAGGAGAGGACUUUACCAAUAGGAUGGUGAGUCAUUUCGUGCUGGAAUUCAAUCGAAAGAAAAACAAGGAUAUAAGUGGAAACCCCGGUGCCUUAAGCAGAUUGAGGGCGGGUUGUGAAAGGGCUAAAAGGGCUCUUUCAUAUACUGCCCAGACCAAUAUAGUCAUUGAUUCUCUCUUAGACGGUGUUGACUUUAGUUUUAAACUAACCCAAGCCAUGUUCGAGGAGAUGAACAUGGAUCUAUUCAUUAAAUGUAUGGAGACUGUUGAGAAAUGCUUGAAGGAUGCGAAGAUGGAGAAGAGCAACAUGGAUGAUGUAGUUCUUGUUGGUGGGUCUACUAGAAUUCAGAAAGUGCAAAACCUUCUUACAGAGUUGUUCAAUGGAAAGGAACUCUGCAAAAGUGUGAACCCUGAUGAGGCUGUUGCCUACGGUGCUACAGUUCAAGCUGCAAUUUUGACUGGGGAAGGAAAUGAGGAAGUUGAAGAUCUGAUUCUUAUAGAUGUCACUCCCCUCUCCCUUGGAUUGGAAACAAGUGGAGGCAUAAUGACAGUUUUAAUUCCUAGGAACACUAGUAUUCCCACAAAGCAGGAGAAAGUCUUUUCUACAAGUUCCGACAACCAAUCGAGUGUUUUGAUUAAAGUUUACGAGGGAGAGAGAUCCUUCACGAGAGACAAUAACUUUCUAGGGAAAUUCGAGCUUUCAGGAAUCCCCCUGCUCCGACCUGUGUUCCUCAAAUAACUGUAUGUUUUGACAUCGACGAGAAAGGGAUCCUGAAUGUUUCAGCAGAGGUAGAGAAUUCCGGAGAGAAGAGUAUGCUAACG